GUGGUAUUUUUCGAUUAUAACAUCCAAACCCGAUAUACCCUUGAUUUACUUUUAAUUGCAGAACCAUGUAAACCUAAUCCUUGCCAAAACGGAGGAAUUUGUAAAGAAAAUGGUACAAAAUUUAGAUGUGAAUGUAAAGAUCAUUAUGAAGGUGAUAAAUGUGAUAUGGAAUGUAAUUGUGAAAAUGGACACUGCAAAAGAAAUAAAACUGGACAGGUCGUCUGCGAAUGUUUACCAGAGCAUGGAAUGUAUAAAGAUAGGAUUUGCAAAGCUUGUGACUGUGGUAAAAAUGCAAAUUGUACGUUUGAUAUAGGUUGGAUAACGGACGAUAAGUAUUGUUUGUGCCCAAAUAAUAUAACACUGAAGAAUGCACGUUGCAAAGAUCCAUGUGAAAAUAAACCAUGCAAAAACGGAGGAAAGUGCCAAACUUACGAUGGCUUAACUGUCAACUGUACUUGUACGGAUCGUUACUCUGGAAAUUUUUGCGAAAAAGCUAAAACUGGUUGUGAAGAUUAUGGAGGAAACAAGGAGUGCCGGGGGAGAGGAGACUUCUUUACUUGCAUUAACGACAAAAAAGACUCAUCUAAAUACAUAUGCGACUGCCUGCCUGGAUACAAAUUAAACAGCAACAAAUGCAUUGCCAAGACAGGAUGCGAAGAUUAUGGGGGAAAUAAAGAAUGUCAGGGAAGAGGCGACUUCUUCAUUUGCAUUAAUGACAAACAAAAUGUGUCUAAAUACUUAUGUGGCUGCCAACCUGGAUAUAAAUUGGACAACAAAAAAUGCAUAGAAAUAGCAACUUCCUCUCCUGCUACAUCUACAGUUAAUUCAACUAUUACUAGUACUAUAAAAACAAAGACAUCUACUAUUCCGACACCAGAAACUUCAUCUCCAGUCACAUCUACUAUUCCGACAAAAGAAGCUUCAUCUCCAAUCACAUCUACUAUUCCGACAAAAGAAGCUUCAUCUCCAAUAACAUCUACUACUCCGACAGAAGAAGCAUCCUCUCCAAUCACAUCUACUACUCCGACAGAAGAAGCAUCCUCUCCAAUCACAUCUACUACUCCGACAAAAGAAGCAUCCUCUCCAAUCACAUCUACUACUCCGACAAAAGAAGCAUCCUCUCCAAUCACAUCUACUAUUCCGACAAAAGAAGCAUCCUCUCCAAUCACAUCUACAAUUACGCAAACAUCAACUUGGAAAGAUACAAGCCCUGUACCAAAAUCCUCAACAUAUGUGUCCUCGUCAUCACCUCGGGAUAUUUUCACUAUCACUAGUGAUGUCACAAAUUUAACGGAUCAUACAACGAUUACGUAUAAACCUACAAACAUCACUGAUGAUUCUAACUAUUCUUCAUCUUCAUCAGACAUUUCUGAUUUUACUGAUUACACAAAUUUGACUGAUCAUACAACCAUUACGUAUGGACCAACGUACACCACUGAUGACUCCAACCAUUCUUCAUCGUCAUUCAAACCAUUUGAAUCUACUCCACAUGGUUCAUCAUUAGUAACAGGCUUUGAAUCGUCUACUUCAUCUAUGUUCAUUUCUUCUCAAUCAACGUCAAGUUCUCAGGCAACAUCGGAGACAAGUUUCUCUUCAACAACUCAAAAGUACAAACUAUGUAAGAAAAACAACUGCAAAAAUCUUGGAGUCUGUGUGAUGGAAGAUGAAAAGGAAAGAUGUAUAUGUAAAUAUCCAUUUGGUGGACCGGAGUGUGGAGAUAGUUAUUGGUGCUCAGAAGGAUUUGGAAAAUCCGAGUGCCAAGCUGGAAAAUGCCGAUUUGAUUUCAAAACAAGAAUCGGAUAUUGUGACUGCUCAACAGACCAAUAUUACAAUUAUGAAACGAAGCAAUGUGAAAAUAUUGAUAAGUGCCCAUUUAUGGAUAUCAAAUGCACAAAACCGUUUGAAGAAUGUAAAAUGGGGGCUUGUGCAUGCAUGGAGAAUUUCAAGAGGAAUGACAAACAAGACUGCAUUCCUGACUUCUGUUCAUCAAAUCCUUGUGGAGAGAAUGAAAUUUGUGAAGAUGUUUUAGAUGAACCCGGGCGUGUGAAGUGUAGCUGCAAACAUGGUUUCACAUUUGAUGGCAAAGCAUGCCAAAAAGUAAACAAGUGUUCUGUUCCUGGAUUAGUAGGCUGCGAGCAAAUCUGCAACAGUAAAACUGAAGCUUGUGAAUGUAAUCCUGGAUAUACAUUGCAGUCUGACAAGAAAACCUGCAAACUCACUGAUGAAUCGCAGAAAUGCAAAAAGGAUUGCGGUGUAGGAGCCUGUGUAAAAGUGAAUAAAUCUGAGAGAUGCCUUUGUCCCCCUACUUAUGCUGCAAAGGGACUCACAUGCGUUGAUCGAUGCACCGCGAAAGCUUUGCCUCUUGGUUUAUGUCCCAACGAUCAAUGUAUAGCGGAUGCUAAACUGGGAUUCAAAUGCAAAUGUGAAGGGAAGUAUGCUUACAACGAUGAUGGAGUAACAUGUCGAAGAAAACAGAUGUGUCACGAAGAAGGAGGCAAUAAGGAUUGCACCGGGAAGAACGCACUCUGUUUCGAAGAUUUCAAUUCUGAAAAAGGUUAUCAAUGCCAAUGCAGGGAAAGUCAGGAAUUUGAUGAAAAUGGCCAGUGCGUAGAUAAAUGUAAGAUUGAAUCAUUCAAGCAGGAUUGUAUAUUGCGUUCGGCUACAUGUGAACUGGACGAAUGUAAAUGUCCACCUAUGCUAAGUUUUGGACCAGAUGGUAGAUGCUCUGAAAUCGCUCAAGCAUCUUACUUAGGAUAUUUGCCAAUAUCGAAACAAUUUUACGCUGUCCAAUCAGCAGCGCCUUCUCAGAAUUCUGAUGAAAAGGAAAUUAUAAACUACAGUUCUCUUCAAAAGGAUUUAAGAGAUGCAAUGGUAACUCUACUUGGAAAAAAUUAUCAUUCCUCUGACAUCGUAAGUUGCGAAAUGAAAACUUUGUCCUAUAAUUGUUUGAUAGAAAUACAGUUAAAUUCAGAUCCAAGAGACCAAAUCAACAUCUUAACAGAUCAAUCCUCAUGUGUUGGUGGAACAAAUAACAAAUGCUUAAUGCCUCCUCAUCUAAUUUUGGAUAAGAGUGAAGACACUGAAGGUAAAUUUACACCUGCUGAUCCAUGCGAAGAUGUUAUCAAAGAUGGGACUUGUGGUAAACAAAAGGAAUGCACAAAUUUCAAUGAUGGGACUAACAGUUUUGAAUGUAAAUGCGGAAAAGGAUUCUCGUCAGUUGGCGUUAUCCAACCCUACUCUGACAAGCGAACUAUGAUUCACAACUGUGAAGAAAUGUGCAAUCAGAAAAUAUGCAAACAUGGACGAUGUGAAGCUAAAGAUGGAGUUUACCGCUGCGAAUGUGACAAAGGCUAUACUGGAUUUAAUUGUGAUAUACAAGAGGUUGAUAUGGCUGGUGCCACAGCUAUGCGAGUUGUUCUCAUAAUUUUAUCAAUCAUGGUGAUUCCUUUGAUUUUGUUUUCUGUUUUAAUGGUUCAUAAAUACCGAGUGUUGAAGAAGAGAUCUUAUAAAUCAAGUUACAUAGAUGAUACUAGUUCUACAAUUGGACUAGUAAGUAAAUAGUUAUGUUGUUUCUUUUUAUGAAAUAUAUAAAGCUUUACAUUAUUUAACCCUUUCGCGCCG